CCUUACUUUUCCCACACACGUCUCUGGAAAACAUGCUUACAAAGUGUAAAAACAUCGGGGAUGCUGUGAAGUCUCUUAUCGCCGGUUUCUGGAUCACUUUUAGCGUCUAUUCCGUAGGUGUUCACGGCCAGGAGGGCGAUGGCUGUGGACAUACACAGCUGGGCACAGAGUCUGGCACCUUGGCCUCCCAGAACUAUCCAGGCACCUACCCAAGCAACACCUAUUGUAAGUGGAGGCUUCGUGUGCCAGAAGGACGAACACUGCGACUGUUGUUUGGAGAUUUUGAUGUUGAGAGCAGUCCAGAUUGCAGGAACGGUUCUUUGGUGAUCAGGGAUAAGAAUGGAGAAAUCAGUCUGGGUCCCAUAUGUGGGAAGCUGGAUGUGGAUGUAUCACAGAAAAAUGUGACACUUAAUGGCAAUGAAGUGACAAUAACCUUCAAGUCAGGCCCGCACCGCUCUGGACGAGGGUUUCUUCUGUCUUAUGCCACGGAUCAGUAUCCAGACCUCAUUUCUUGUUUACAACGUGGAACUCAUUUUAGCUUGCAGCAUUUGAGUGUGUACUGCCCCGCUGGAUGCAAGAAUGCCACAGGCGAUGUUUGGGGGAGCUCUGAAAAGGGUUACAGAGAUACCUCAGUCCUGUGUAAGUCUGCAGUGCAUGCGGGAGCUGCAUCUGACAGUUUGGGAGGCCGCGUCACUGUGACUCGUGGGAGAAGUCUUAAACUCUAUGAAUCCACCUUUGCCAAUGGCAUACUGUCUCAAAUGGGAUCAUUAUCUGAAACGAAGCUACUCUUCACUGAAGAAUGUAAAAACAUCCUGCCUGUUUAUGGUUUAAAUGGCUCAUCUUUCGGGGAGAAAAACAGCCAAGAGCAAAGAAGGUCCUGGUCUUCCAAAAACAUGGAUUCUGGCCAUGAGUUCUUAUCCUGGACAGCAGACAGUAAUGAUCCAGAGCCCUGGUUGGUGCUGGAGCUAGGUGAUAGAAGAACCAUCACAGGAAUAAUAACAACAGGCUCAAUUGAGUUCUACAUAGAAACCUACAUUCUUCUUUUCAGCAAGGACAAAAAGAUUUGGAAACCUUACAAAGAAAGCAAAGAAAAAAAGGUGUUUCAGGCCUACUCUGACGGCCACUUCAGUGUGCUCAACAGCCUGUUUCCUCCUGUGGUGGCUAGGUUUGUUCGGCUACAGCCGCUGAGGUGGCAAGGCCGAGCUUCAGCUCAGGUUCAAGUCCUGGGCUGUCCUGUUGCCAAGGUCACACCAAGGAGCCGCCCACCUGGAGAUAAUGUGGGCACACCACACCCCAACCCCUCUCCCACACCCACAGGGGGUCCAGUAUUAGUGGAGACACGAAUGAGCUCCACUCAGCCAGUCAUAAUAGCAGUGGGAGUGGCCGUGGGGCUGAUAAUGUGCAGCAGUUGUUUACUGGCUGGAGUCUGGUGGAAGAGAAGGAAAAAAGAUUCACAAUUGAAGUACUCCUUGUCAACAAGUUGUCAGAGUUUCCAGGCAAAGACUCUCCCCCGCCCUCCAUCCGAGCUUAUCUCCUACCCUGUGGAGCGUAGUGUCCAUGAUGCUCUCCCUGUCCCUCCUCUUAAUGACUAUGCCCAGCCAGCUAUUGGACAGAAGGUUGGAUCAACGUUUAGGCCUUCCUCAGAUGAGGGCUACACUGUUCCCUUCACCUUCAGCCAUUACCACACCCCUAGCAACCUCCCAGAGUAUGCUGAACCACUUCCCCCUGAGCCUGAAUAUGCCACCCCAUUCAGUGAGCAGUCCUCUGAGUCCCUCCUGCCAACUUCAGCAGGGAUUGUUCACAGCAAUACACACGGCCCUCCAAAGCCAGUGUCUAUCACUGGUGCCAGGACAACAUCCAGUUGUGCUCAAUAUGACUGCCCCUCACACAGAGCACUGUCCAAUGGCUACUGCACUCCUGCCUUUCAUCCCAGCGGGCCACGGCCAGUCAGUAUUGUCUAUGCUGAGCCCAAAUCUGUUGACUGUUUAUUACGGAAGCACACAUAUGAGGAGCCUUUGUGAACACAGCAAGCUCAGACAUGGAGAAAAAAAUACUUUCCUGAGCUAAACUGUGCGUUAGGACCAGAGGAACACUUGAAGUGAUAUCAGGUGGAUGCUAAUCUGAGAUUAGUGUACUAAUGUUGACAGUGAGUAAUGUACCCAAAUCUGAGGGGUCACUUGGGACUAUGUGGGUACACUACUCGGAGUACACAAUGAUCUGAGAGCCAUAAGAAUACAAAUACUUCCUUCAAGGAAGAAUAUAGUUGUACUGUUUAUUUUAAUUAUCUUGCAUUGCACAAAGAAAAUACAGGUCUAACAAUGUCUCCAGAGAUAUUGUUUAUUCAUGAAAUAUUCAAUCACAAGCUGCACUUUCAGAAACACAGUCAACUAACAAUGUAUGCUUUGGCCUAUUUAACAGGUUAAUGGAGAAUAGGUGAGUAGGAUAUGUUACUUGUCAUCACAAUAUGAAAUUGUAUUUACAAUAUAUCAAUUCAACAUGUUUUGAUGAGAAACAUGUUAGGAGUAUUAUAAAUGGUACAUUGUAACACAGUGGUUGAUAUUGUUGCAAUGAUUAUGUGUAACCACUAGGUGACUCUCUCGAGCCUAAACAUUUAACAAGAAUGGAUCAUCUCAGUAUUUGUUUGCUGGUUGUUAAUCCUCAGAUAAUUGUCCAUUUCUAACAUAAUAUAAUAACAAACAAAUAUUGGUUUAAAAUACAUGUUGUUUUUUUUAUUAUACAAAGAAAGGCACAACAGGGAAAGACUUUCUUUCACAUAGAUGAAAAUCCUUGUGAUUCAACCUACAGCAGUACACUUGAGCAAGACACAGAUACCUCAAUCGAACUCCAGAGCUGUUGUCAUGUUGUUUCCCACCAAUCCGGAUAAUAAAGCUUCACUAUCAUAAAACCUUCCGGUUACUUGUUAGAUUUGUCACCACAGGGCAACUUUGCCACAACUGAAAAACACUAAGGAAUUAAGUUCAAUUAACUCCCCACUUUAAUGUUUCACUUAGCUUUAAUUGUCAAAACUCCUUUGGAUUGUCUUCAUUGGAUUCUUACUUAACUAAAAUAAAGCAAUAUGAAAUUGCUGUUCACACUGAUGACGAAAAAAUACAAAACAGUUUUGUAUUUAAGAUAGAAAAUUGUACUUUUCCCUGGUAUAGGAUCUUUUGUAUCAUAACGGUCAAUGGCAGUGGUAGUCUUCCAUUAUAUCAGAAAAUGUAACUAACAGACCCCAAAAAUUUACAGUUUUUGUAACUGCCCCAUGGUGUCACAUUUGGCGAUUAAUUUGCUGCAAUACAAAGGGCAAUGCCUCUCUCCACAGCUGAAUAAGGCACAAUAAACAACUGUGUUAAUAAAA